UAUCUUCACUCAAGGCUCCAUCAUUAUAUUCUAAUCCACUUAAUGGAACUUUACCCACUCGAGGUAAGAAUCUACUAUGAAAUUGAAUUUGACAAUUUGUUAAUCUUCCAAAAUUGAAUAGAAGUGUAAAAACAAGGGAAAGUGAAAGGUUGAUAUAGAAUAGAUCUAAUUGGUUGCAACUUGUGCGCACAAACAAUUGAUCAUUCACAAACAAUUGAAUAACAUAUUAUGACACUCUUUUCCCAUUGUCUUCAUGGAUUUAACAAUUGGUUGAAUAUGUUUUUUUACAGAAUCCAAUUGUUUGUCUAAAAUGAGUAAGCUAGGGCACUUAGAUUUACGUUGGAAUCAAUUUGGCAAGAAAAUUUUAAGAUUCUUAGGUGCCCUCCUAGUUCUUAAAUUUCUUGAUCUAAGUUACAAUUCCAUGGAAGGGCCUCUUUCUAGCCACGGUACGUGCAAAUUUAAAUUCUCUUCUUCAAGAAUACCAUGAAAAAGUUUAGAAAAAAACUGAGAUUUUAUAACCAAUUUUACCUUUAUUGAGAUUUACUUUCUUCAUGUUAAAAAUCACAAAAUGCUUGAUAUAUGUAAAUGAUUGUGGUAGUGUGGCUUCAAUAUGAAAUGUGUUAUUUUACUAGAUCUUCCAUAUGUACUGCUAGUUUCCAUUUGAUAAAUUCAUAUCUCUUUACCGAUGACGUAGAGCUGGUUAAUCUAAACAACUUGGAGGUCCUCAUCCUGCAAGGAAAUGGUCUUAAUGGAAGCCUACCAUUCAAGGAUAUGGCAAACUUCAGCAGUUUGAAGAUUUUAGAUUUGAGUGAAAAUUCUUUCACUGGAAGUAUCCCUCCAUAUAUUGGAGCACUAUCUUCACUCAAGGCUCUAUCAUUAUAUUCUAAUAAACUAAAUAGAACUUUACCCAUUCGAGAAAUGUGUGCACUGAAGAAACUGGAAGAGUUAGAUCUUGGUGGUAAUAACUUUGAAGGAAUCCUUCCUCCAUGCUUAACCAAUUUGACAUCUCUUAGGUUGUUAGAUAUAUCUUACAACCGGUUCAGUGGAAACUUGUCUUUGUCUCCUGUAGCCAACUGGACAUCCCUUGAGUACAUUGAUUUGAGUUAUAAUCUUUUUGAAGGUUUAUUCUCCUUCAGCUUGUUUGCUAAUCACUCCAAGCUUAAGGUGAUUAAACUUUUUAAUGACAACAACAAGCUUGAUAUCGAAAUUGAAAACCCCAAUUGGGACCCAUCAUUUCAAUUAAAGGUGCUAUUACUAUCUAACUGUAGUCUAAACAAGUCCACCGGUAACAUUCCUAAGUUUCUCUUCGACCAACAUGAAUUGGAAGUUGUUGAUAUAUCUCACAAUAAGUUGAAUGGAAGCUUCCCCAUUUGGUUGCUUGAAAACAAUACUAGAUUACAACUGUUGAGUCUUCGAAGUAACUCCUUUGCAGGUCAAUUUCAUUUGCCAUCAUAUCGCUCCAUGGAUCUUCGUUGGUUGGAUGUCUCUGACAAUAACCUUGAUGGGCAGCUUCAAGAAAAUAUCGGAAAGAUUAUUCCAAAAUUAGAAUCUCUAAAUCUAUCUCGAAAUUAUUUUGAAGGUAAUCUCCCAUCCUCAAUCGGUAACAUGAGUAAGUUAGAGAAUUUGGAUUUGUCCUUCAAUCAUUUUUCUGGAGAGGUACCAAUGGAAUUGGUUGCCAAUUGCACCCGCUUGGAUAUUUUGAGGUUAUCUAAUAAUUACUUUCACGGUGAAAUUUUUUCAAAGAACUUCAAAAAAUACUUUUUUUCUUUGGAAUUAAACAAUAAUUAUUUCACAGGUACUCUUCCAGUGGUACACCUAAGAGUUAUUUACCUAGAUAUUAGCAACAAUCACAUGUCGGGUAUAAUUCCUGUAUGGAUGGUAAAUAAUAGUGAUGCUAUGAUUAUUGACCUUAGUAACAACUUUUUUGAGGGUAAGAUUCCGUGUGGACAAAUUUCAACAUUAAACCUUUCUUAUAAUUUGCUUUUGGGAUUGUUACCUACUUGCUUGAAUCUAGAACAUGCGCGGCACCUACUUUUGCAAGGGAACAAUCUCAUAGGAUCACUACCAAAAGCUGUUCUCAAUGCAUCAAAUCUUGUGACAUUAGACAUUAGAGAUAAUAGCUUUUCUGGAAACAUCCCUAAAGAAAUUGACAGAUUUUCUAAUUUAAGAGUACUUUUGUUGAGUGGCAACCAGUUUAGUGGAAUGAUUCCAAAGCAGCUCUGUUGGUUAAAGAAGAUAAGCAUAAUGGAUCUUUCUAGGAACUUUUUUUCUGGGACAAUACCAUAUUGCUUUUACAAUAUAUCCUUCGGGAAGCAAGCUGCUAGUGAAUUUGUCUACGGAGGUUAUUCUAUUGGGUCCUCUGGAUUUUCCCUCCCAUAUAAAUAUCUUCUAAACAAGGAUCGUCAAAUUGAAGGGACAAAUUUUCAUUUCAAUAUACCAAUUGAGAUUGAGUUUUUGACGAAAUAUAGGUCUAACUUGUACCAUGGUCUCAUCCUUGAUAUGAUGUCUACAUUGGAUUUGUCAUUCAACAAGCUAACAGGUGAAAUCCCACCAGAGCUAGGACGACUAUCUUCAAUUUUUUCAUUGAACUUGUCCCACAAUCAAUUAAAUGGUUCUAUUCCAAAAACAUUCUCAGAUUUAACUCAGUUGGAGAGCUUAGACCUUUCUCAAAACAAUUUGAGUGGAGAAAUUCCUUCAGUAUUGAUUGAUCUAACGUUUCUGGCAGUUUUCACAGUGGCUCACAACAACUUAUCAGGCAAAGUUCCAGACAUGAAAAAACAAUUUUCAACAUUUGAAGAGAGCAGCUAUGAAGGAAAUCCAUUUCUUUGUGGUCCACCACUAAAGAAAAGUUGCACUGUUAUAGAUGAAUCACCUCCAUCACCACAAAAAUCUUCAGAGGCAAGUGACGGCAAAUGGUAUGAAGUUGAUCUUCUAGCCUUCUUUAUGAGUUUUUUGGUAUCUUACCUUAUUUUCUUUUUGGGUGUAGUCAGUGUUCUUUAUAUUAAUCAUCAUUGGCGGAAACGAUGCUUCAACUUGGUUGAGGAUCGUAUGUACUGGUGUUAUUAUUUUACUUUAAAUACCCUAAAAGGGCUGACAAGCUGUAUGCGUCAUUAGAUGUACUCAAUUUCUAUUGAUAAUUACCUGUGUUAUGAAUAAUUGCUAUCAUGCUCUAUU